GCUGCAGUCAUGGCGACAGUGGUCCAACCGCUCACUCUGGAUCGAGAUGUGGCUCGGGCGAUCGAGCUCCUGGAGAAGCUUCUGGAGACGGGAGAUGUCCCGGGGCACAAGCUGCAGUCGCUGAAGAAGGUGCUGCAGAGCGAGUUCUGCACCGCCAUCCGUGAGGUGUAUCAGUACAUGCACGAGACCAUCACAGUGAAUGGAUGUCCUGAGUAUCAGGCCCGAGCUACAGCUAAGGCCACGGUGGCGGCCUUCGCGGCCAGUGAGGGCCACUCCCACCCCCGGGUGGUGGAGCUGCCCAAGACCGAGGAGGGGCUGGGCUUCAACGUGAUGGGCGGGCGGGAGCAGAACUCUCCAAUCUACAUCUCCCGCAUCAUCCCCGGGGGCGUGGCCGAGCGGCAUGGCGGCCUGAAGAGGGGCGACCAGCUGCUGUCCGUCAACGGAGUGAGCGUGGAGGGCGAGCACCACGAGAAGGCGGUGGAGCUGCUGAAGGCGGCCAAGGACAGCGUGAAGCUGGUGGUGCGCUACACGCCCAAGGUCCUGGAGGAGAUGGAGGCGCGCUUCGAGAAGCUGCGGACAGCCCGGCGCAGGCACCAGCAGCAGCUCCUCAUGCAGCAGCAGAGCCUGACCGUCCAGCAGAACCACACGUCGUAGUGUAUUUCAAAAGAAGAAGAAAUAGAAGAGGAGGAAGAGCUCACGGCUCUCUCCGCUGGGGCCUCGCUGGACAGCACAAAGCAACACAGUGCGGUUGUGCCGCUGUUUUCUGCUGCCUUAUGAAACACUGCUGCCAAAGCAAUAACAGUGUAGAGAAGCCACAGUAUAACUUUAUCGGAGUCAAUCGUAAAGAAAGUUUACAGUCGUGAUGACGGGAUCAAACACACACCCUUGGAGGACUCACGUUGUUGGUCUGGCAGCAUGGUUUGGGAGGUAGCUUUAAACAGUGCUGCACCAGGUGUAGUCUGGGUGAACUCACCAUUUGUGUAUUACCUGUAGUUUUUGCAGUCGUGACAUGAAAAACCUUACAAUGUGUUAUUCUAAAAUGUGUACACUGGUGCUUUUAAUGACUUGUUCAGAGGCAGAACCACACUGACCACGGUCUGUUUUAAAUGUGUAACCCUUCUUUUCAAACCUCCUUCUUAGAUUUUGUGAUAUUUAUUUGUCCUCUGUUUAUAAGUGACUUAAUAUUUUUAUGGAAUUAAUUUUGCCAUAGCUGUGUAUAGUUCAUUUUUAAAAGGCAUAUAUUGAUAUUUGUGUUUUACAUUGUGUUAAUGGACAUCAAUUUAUUUCUUUGUCAGAUGUUGGGUCCUAAUUUGGAUAAAUGUGAACUUUUUUACCUGACGUGUAGCAAGAUUAAAUAUUUUGUAUUGAAUUUAGUAGGUUUAGCAAUAAAAAUAUUUGAUACAACACAUUGUGUAUGGUAAUAUAAAAAAUGGGAAUUAACUUUGAUUAGACACUGGCGAACUGUCUUACACAUACUGUGCCAAGUGGUCCACAAACUGAAACUAUGGAGAAGUCCAUUGUAGGUUCCCCCUCUUGAGAGUGUGUUUCAAUAGAGAUUCAAGUGCAUACAUUUGAGUUUGCUAAAAGAACCUAGGCUCCUAAUUUUGCCAUUGUAUUGCUGUGUUAUCACUUACCAAGCAUAAUUCAGUUUUUAAAAAUCCAAAUUCUAAAUUGACUUAAUCCUGAAUGUGAUUAUAGAGAUGAUAUGACAAUGAAUAGCAUACCUGGACAACAACAUACAUUAAUACAUUAAUUAGUAUCUUAAUAACCUGUAAGGUAAGGUAACCCUCUCAUAAUAUUUUGUUGAUUUACAAUAUGUCUGAUUUGUAAUUUAUGUCAGUCUUACCUAAAGUGUAAUCAUAUUCCAUAGAGAUUUAUUUAUUUGUAAAAUACUCAUAAUUAUGUGAAAUAUUGAUCACAGUGCAUUUACCAUGCAGUAUAUGAUUCAUAAAUUUUAAAAGCGUGAUGUAGCAUUGAACCAUGGGCAACAGUUUAACACCAUGUUGGGAAAUGAUAUGUUUAUGAUGCUCUGAUGUUUCUUUAUUUACUGUACAGCAGUAUAAGCAUAGGCUGAAUGUCUCACCUGUAUCAUACAGGACAGGGGAUCUAUGCUUUGGACACACCUCCGUUAAACGCCUGUAUGAUAUGUAUAUUGCCAUGCAAACUCAUUGCAUGUAUAGUCCUUCUCAUUUUGGUGUCAGAAACUGUUUUUCUGUAAAAAAGAAGAAAGAAACUAUUUAAACCUGACCAAACCACAAUGCAUAGUUUUAUAUUUCAGAAAAUUCCUGUUAUUUUUUGGUUUGUUUGUUGGUUUUUGCAUGACAUCCAUAGUAUCAGUCCUAUCUAAAAGGGAGGAAUGGAUUGGUUUGCAAAUUUGGACUUCCUUUGGGCAGAAAGUAACAAGCCACCAAAACAUUUACCAUUGUAGUAAGUUGUGUGUGUAUUGUUGGACACUUAGUAAAUAGUGUUCACAUGUAGUAAGCAUAUUACUUUGCUGUCUUCAGACAUAUUUUUCAUAUGAUGUCUAACCGAGAGACACACACUACAUAUGAUGCACAUACACAUACUACAUACUACAUAUGAUGCACCAUCACUUCCCAUACAAAGCUGUGAAUGCCAUUCUAUUCUGUUCAAUGAUUCCCUGCCCUCUUCUGUAGACUGGGGGCUCUUGUCUGUCUAAACAAAGUGUAAUGUGUCCUUAACUUUGACUAAAGUUACAAGUAAGUAAAUUCAUUGUAGUAACUAUUUACUGUUUUUGGUUUGUUUCGUAUGCAACAUUGAGUUCUUUUAAAUUGGCCAAACAUGUAGCCUGGCAGAAAUUUAUGAAUUAAUUGAUAAGUAAAUUAAUAAGUUAAGAACAUAUUACACGGCAGUUAGAUUCAACAGAAGCCCUACUCAGUUUCAUAGAGACUACUGCCAAUUUAAGGGGUGGAUAUACUGUACUAUACAGACAAAAUGGUGAUAUGCAAUUGUUAUAAAUAUUAUAUUUGUAUAAAUAAAUAUAUACCUGUGUUAUUCAACAA